AUCAAGAUCGACCCAGACCGAGACUCACGGAGUUUGUUUACAUUUCUUACAAUACAAACAUGAAAGGAACCAAAAAACUGGAAAACACAAACAGUUUACGAAAAUAGACGACGAACCUAGACUACAGCGCUGGUUUGAGUUUUUAUAGUUUAAUUAGAUUAGGUUACAACCCUGUUCCUAAGAUGAGUUCGUGCAUGAAGGAAGGGAAGGGAGAGGGAGAACAGCAAGAGAGGGUAGCAGCAGCUGCAGCAGCCAGUCAGUGGUGCUGGAGUCGCAUCUCUCCAAGCAACUUAGACCACAGACAGCGGCUGCCCACUGCUAUCACUCUCCACCGUCUGGUUCCCCGUCCUUCUCCCUCUACCCACCAUGCUGCGGCCUCCACUUCCACAUUUAAGUAUAUCACACCUGAAGAAAUAAAGGCAGCACAAAUGCAGGCCAGGCAAGAGGUUUUGACAUCCAGGGUAGAUCCUCCUAUGCCUGCAGCCUCAGACACUCCAGCUCCACCUUCACCACAGAACAAGAAGCACCCGAACAGAAAGAAAGAUGGCUCUGGCUCCCAGGCAUCAUUUGCUUGCCGCCUAGGGAGUGGGGAGGUUGGGCUACGUCGUCGCCAGCUCACCAGACUUGUGUCUCAGAUCUCCCGCACUCUUGUGGAUCUUCAGGACCUCAGUGAGCCACGCCAAAGGGACUUUGUAGCUCCACUUGAGUUGGAGAUCAAGAAACGACGAUGGAAUGAAUGUGCACGAUUAAUGCGACGGUCACUGUUUGUACUCAAGCAAGAGGUGGUGGCCUUGGAAAGGGAAAGUGGUCAAGGAACAAGAACCAGCCAUCACCUAAGAGCUUUGGCAGCGACUGCUCGAACCAUCAACACACAACUGAUGACACUGAAGUCCCAGGCUCAGUCCUCCUGUGAUCCUGCCUGGACAGAGGUGCUAGAGGAGUUCAUUGGGGUGGCCCGCAAGAUUUUGGUCCUUGCUGCCAGGGUGGGAGUUCAGUCCCCUCCAUCCUCAGUCAAGUGGUUCGCAUUGCCUGAAGAGAGGGUAGCUGGUGGCUCAGAGGAUACCAGUGGGCAGGAGUCAGCUAUAACCAUCUCAGAUGUAGACUCUACCAACAUUCACCUCCUGCAAUCAGGCCAUGUGAGGGACAGGCUGGCCAGGUUGGCAGCACGCCACUUCAAAAGGAGGAAAAAGCAGAAGAGUCAAAACUCCACAAUGACUGAGAGGAGGCAGAAUAAACAGUAUGUUGUUUUGGAACCCUUGAAAAGACACCAUGAUGGCAAGGGAAACAUGUCUUUGGAUAUAACAGCAACACACCAGUCUCCUGCCAGCCCAUCUCACUUGAAGGAAGGUGAUGGCAACACUACUGAUGUCACCUCAGCUCCUAGGAACACCAGCCACAGUUACCUUCACUCUCAGCCAUCAGUAUGUAAGACCUCUGCAAGCAUACCAUCUCAUGACUCAUCCUCCAGAACUAAUGCUGCAGCAGCCCCUCAAAUUCAGACUUCACAAACACAAACUAGUAAUGUUCCAGAGUCUCAGCCUCAACUGCCACCCUGUCAAAGUGACUUGCCAGCCUCAAAGUCCUACAUUAACAUGUUGCCUCAUGCAAACCUUUCAGCAAAAAACCUUACAGAACAAUUGUCAUUUUUGCUGCAGAGAGUCUGCAAGUUAGAAGACAACAAAAGAACAACAGAAGCACUGAUAGCAGAGGCUUCCCAAGUCACUCACUCACCAGUUGUCACUCAGAGCCUGGGUGAUGCCGUGCAGCAGGCUAGACUUGUCCUUACAGCAGUGAGAGAUGCUGUGCCACACCCUCAGCCUCUUGUACCUAACACUGGAAUCACUGGUUUUGAUUCUCUUCCUAAAAACACUGGCUUGUCCAUAAAGGUUCCUGAAAGAGUUCCACCAAGGACUUCACCAGAUGAAGUAGGAGGCAGCUUUUGUUCACAGGAAGUAGAGAAGGAUGUAAAUCCAUUGGAAGGAAAAUGGUUGACCGGAGAGAGUGUCAUGGAGCAAGUGAGACGACAAAAAGAACAGUUUUGGCGUUCUCUUGCUGAGCAGGGCUUUGUGAGGCCACCAGAGACUUUACCUCGUGCUGGAGAGAAAAGCUGUAGUGACCAGUCAGUAAGCUUUAAAGAGCCCUACAAAAACACUUCAGAAGAAAAACUUAAGCAAACUUCACCAAAGAAAGCUGUAUCAAGAACACAUGUACAUCAGCAGACUCAAACAAAGCCUCCAAAGCAUUGUCAGUCUUCAAGUAAGAAGGACUCAAACUCAGGCUUUUCCAGUUACACUUCUUCCAACAACAAGAUCCAGCCCAGCACCUCUGACAGCAAGAUUAAAUGUGAUGCUCCUUCUGCUGAUGGCAAGCAAUCUUUCUCCAUUGAGAGUCAGCUUCAACAGAAUGUACCUGCUGAGAACACAUCUUCAGGGGUGCCCAGCAGUACAGAGACCGAGUCACAAAGCUUUCCAUCUUAUGAAGGAGUCGCCAGCCCUCGUGAAUAAGACUGUGAGCAGACCAGCAGAUCUUGUUGCAGGAGAUGAGUAUAUAGUGAACUUUUUUAAUAAUACAAUACAAAAUUAUUUAAGCACAGGUAAUUUUUUAUUAUUAAAUGUUGAUUUGAGUUGGUGGUUCUGAGGAAAUAUAUUUGAAGAAAAGUGUGUCUGCAUAAUGUAUACCAUGAAAAUUUUCCAUAUUUACAAUAUACUUACCCAACCAAUAAUAUAUGCUAUGGAGUA